GUGAAUAUUUGAAUUUUGAAUGAUUUGAAUUCAACUUAUUUAACUUUGUAUUAUUUCGGUAUUAUUUAUGUGAUUUAUCAAUGAACUCCUUGCAUUAUUCGCAAUUUUUGUCAAAAAGAAUUCAAAAGGAAGUAGACUACUAAAAUGGCGUCAGCUGUGAAUUCAGUAGGAAUUGUUGAAGUUCUUGAACAAUAUCAAGACCUUCAUUACCCUAGUGGACCUUUAUAUCAGCGAAUCAAUAGCUGUGAAGCAUUUAUAAACAAGGAACAUGACGAACUCAAGACAAUUUAUCAUUUAUGUGAAACUCAUUCUCCAGGUCUGAGGAAUAAAACAGUAUUGCGCUAUGAUAAACUUCUAGCAAGUGAGCUGAAAGAAUCUCAAGACAUCUCUAGGUUAAAAAUAAGUCGUGACUGUUUAGCUUUCAAGUGUUCAACAUACUCUAAGGAAAGUGGGGUCAAAGCAAUGUUAGCUCAAAUAGCAGAAAUGCCACCUGAGUGGACUCUGGUUCAACUAACACCCCAGUAUAAUCCAAAAGAAAUGAACAAUGAAAAUAAUAAUUUGUACUACACAAGCCCAAUCCAUAUUUCAGUAUUCUCAUGUGGGCAAAGUGAUGUAGAACCAUUUCUUGUGACAGUAAAUGCUCCUAGAGAUCCAGUAAAUAGUAAUCAUAUAGAACUAGCUCAGGAAGUAAUUUCACUAAUGAAGGAAAACAUAGAUUUACUUACAAGUACCAAGAGAGGAACAUUCAAGUCUCACAAAGAAAAAUAUAACUAUAUGGAUAGAAGGCAACUCAUAGAAAACAGGCUAACAUCUAUUGUCAGAGUCAUGCAAGACAUGUGGCUCAAAGAAUGGAGAUGUCUGCUCUCUGGCAAAUAUGUUGAUGCUACUUUGGAGAACAACAUUUGUGGUCAAAUAAAAACAUACUUAGAAACCCAGGGGAGUAUUAUUAAAUUGACAAAAAAAGUGGAAGUUAUAUUGUGCUGUCUGGUUAAGAGCUGUAUGCAUUUGAAACUAGCAGAAGUGAAGAAAGUAGUGCAGUUCUGCUUCCCAGAAGUUGAUGAUAAAAAUGUGAUCAAGGAUAUUGUCCAUUUCAUCAGAAAUUUGGGAAAUGAUCUCCUAAGCAAGAAUGUCAAUAUAAAAAAGCAUCCUCUCAUAUUGGUGUUACAGGAAAGUCUUGAUUGUUUUCCAUGGGAAAUGAUGGAUGUCCUUCAAGAUGAAUGCAUCACAAGAUUACCUUCUCUUCAUUUUGUAUACUGUCUUUUUAAAGAACAUGAAGGAGAAAUAGUGAAUGGCCACAAAAUUAUUAAUGAUUAUGACAAAGGAUCCUAUAUUGUCAACCCUGGUAUGGAUUUGAAGUCCAUGGAAACAAGGAUGAUGACUUUUUUCAAUUACUGGACUCCCAACUGGACUGGUACUGCUGGGUAUCAACCCACAAAAGAUGAAUUCUUUGAAUUAAUUACAUCUUCAGAUAUUUUCUCGUACAAUGGUCACGGCGGCGGUAGUCACAUGAUGUCUAAAGAUAAACUUCAAAAAACACAUGUUAAAGCGGUCGUCUUACUUUUUGGUUGCAGUAGUACGAAAAUUGCCAGAUUGGAUCCACAAGUUGAGAUGUUUGGGAAUUACCAUAUGUAUCUCACUGCCCGUUGUCCUUGUGUAGUUGGAAUGUUAUGGGAAGUGACAGAUACAGACACAGAUACGCUUACGACCGAUUUUCUCAGUUACUGGAUUCCGUCUAAAGCCUCCGUACAUUGGAAAUAUGUUGAUAAAACUAAAUGGAAAAAGGCAGCAGAGAAAAUAACAUUUUCUAGAAAUUGUACAGAAGGAGAAAACCAUUGGGAACCAGAGCUACCUAGAGCACUUGCUUUGGCCAGGAAAGGUUUGUCCUACAAUAUGACAAAAGCAGCUUGUGUUGCAAGAGGUUUACCAGUAAAAAUUCAAGAAAGAACCAUAAAUGAGUCUUAGGUUCAAUAUUGAUUAUUUUUGAUAAUUUUGUAUUUGUAAAAUGGUUUGUCAAGUUUCACUGUGAUAUAGAUAUUGUAGUUGGGACCAAAUCCACAAAUAUUAUUUCAGGUAUAUUACCAAAAGCAUAAUUAAUGUUCUAAAUCAAUGAAAUGAAAACUUGUAUGAAAUUAUACCUAACAUUGUUAUGAAUGCAUUUGAUU